AUGGAUUUAUUGAAAGGAUACGCCCAUAGUGAUGAAGAAGUGUCAGAUGAUGAUGCUACUGUACCUGUUUCGUCGGAAAAUUGCAUGUCGCUGGCCCUUCCUGCAUCAUUAGCUGUGGCUCCUGAAGUAAAUACCAAGAGUAUUCUGAAACAAAUUGCCAUUGUCGAUCCGAAGACAAAAGAGCUUAAGACCAAUCCAACUUAUGAACAGCUUUUUCAACCAGAGGCUGGUCCUAGUAAUCCGUUCAAAUCAGAAAAUCAGAAAGCCCAGAAAAAUACUCUGACAGGUUUUGUUGAACCUGCCCAUAUCAACGAGUUCCACUUCACACGAGAACUUCGAAGUUUUGACACACUCGGGUAUGCACGCAACCCUACAGCUGAUCAAAGUAACGAAUUUAUUGGGAACAAAGAGGUUGCCAUCAAAAGUCAAGGAGAGUCGUUAUUUGAUUCGAAGAAGACUGGUGGGGAAAAGCGGAAACGACAGGCAAAUUUUGAUUCGUCAGACGUCGAAGGAUAUACUGGCCCAUGGGCGAAAUAUUGCGAUGAACAGACCAUAGCAAAACCAGACCCAGAACUGCAGAAAGAAAUGGACGAAAUCGUUCGAAAGCGGCAAGCCAACAGUCGGCGAUUCAAAAGAAAACAGCAACAACAAGAGAACGAUAACGCUGAGGAAACUUCAGUUCUUCACUUAAAAGAAGCUCAAGAUUAUCAGGGACGUUCGUUCUUAGUGCCUCCCGCUUUCACUGGCGUGAAUCUUCGAGCAGAUGCAGUACCGGAGAAGUGCUUUAUUCCGAAAAAGCAAAUCCAUGUUUACAAAGGACACACCAAAGGAGUCAACUGCGUACAAUGGUUCCCUAAAAGCGCACAUCUUUUCCUUUCAUGCUCUAUGGACACAAAAAUCAAACUCUGGGAAGUCUACGGAAAGCAUCAGGUUGUGCGGACGUAUGCUGGCCACAGGUUACCUGUUCGUGAAGUCACUUUCAACAACGAAGGAACAGAAUUUCUAUCUGCAAGCUUCGAUAGAUAUGUUAAACUAUGGGACACUGAAACAGGCCAGGUUAAACAGCGGUUCCAUACUGGCCAUAUUCCGUUUUGUGUGAAGUUUCACCCGGAUGACGACAAAAAUCACAUGUUCCUCGCUGGAAUGCAGAAUAAGAAAAUUGUGCAAUGGGAUUCACGAACUGGAGAAAUUGUGCAGGAAUACGAUCGCCAUUUGGGAGCUGUCAAUUCCAUAACAUUUUUUGACAAAAAUAGGAGAUUUGCAUCCACAUCGGACGACAAAUCUAUACGAAUAUGGGAGUGGGAAAUUCCUGUCGAUACAAAACUUAUCCAAAAUGUGGGACUUCAUUCUAUUCCAACGAUGAACAAAAGCCCGAAUGAGAAGUGGGUUGUUGGCCAGUCAAUGGAUAACCGUAUUGUGUUGUUCCAACUAAUCGACGAAAAAUUGCGGUUUGCAAAGAAGAAAGCGUUCAGAGGCCACAAUUCUGCGGGAUAUGCUUGUGUGACCGACUUUAGUCCUGACAUGAGUUUCUUGAUUAGCGGAGAUGCUGACGGAAAACUCUUCAUUUGGGACUGGAGAACGCACAAAAUUGUAGCAAGGUGGAAGGCACACGACAGCACUUGCAUUUCUGCUCGAUGGCAUCCACACGAGAAGAGCAAGAUACUCACGGCCGGAUGGGAUACUGUUAUCAAGAUGUGGGCAUAA